CAUACUCAUCGUUUCUUUACCUUCUCCUUCUUGUGCUGUACAUUGGAGCAUGCGUUGGGAGGGUUGACGGUGCCCUAACGAAUUGAUCUUGAUCUAUUAUCUAGUUCAGUGCUUCCAUUCAAGCUUGCUUGUGUGCUUGUGCUGGCUCGCUGGCUUGACCCUCCAACCCACCCCGCCAGGACGGAUCCAUGCAGACCAUGCCGCCGCGAGCAUCGCUAACGAGCUCCUUCUCGGUCACCGACGUCAAUAAUGAAGUGGUGUGUCCGUUGAAGAAUAACGAUGGCUCCAAUUGCCGGAAGAGAUGUCUGGGUGAGAAGCGCUAUCGCUCCAUGCAGGAGCACAUCCGGAGAGCCCACCCGAACCACUACAUUCCGAAGCUCCCGGCAACCGAGGAGAGCUUCAUCUUGAUGGUGACCACCCCUCCAGACCAACGGGCCCAUCUAUCUCCCUCGACUCAAGCUCCAUCUCGGCGACGCAAUGAAAUUGCUGAUCGGGAUAUCUACGUUGCUGACGCUAGCUCUCCGGCAACCCCGCGGGGCAUUGACGAGACUCAUCCCGCGGCAGCGACCGCCGCCGUUGCAUUGGCGCAAUUGCACCACAACCGUCUAGCUUCCGACUGGGAUACGGACAUGACUCACUCGGACAAUGACCGAGACCGCUUGCGAUCCGUUGAACUGCCUUCCCUGAGGGAGCACUUCAAGCAGGAGGCUUCGCUGCCUCCAUUCUCAUCCCCUCGUCCUCGCGAGCUUCUCCCGUCCAUUCUGACGCACUCCCCGCCCGGUCGCUCUUCCACCCUGCCUCCCAUCCAGCAUCGAGACAAGCUUCCUCGUCCUCGCAAGUCGUCCAUUUCUAGAGCUAGAAAACCGAAGCAUGAGCGGACUAGAUCCAAGGAAUACGGCCGACGCCCUAGUCUGGGCGAUCGCAAGGCGCUUUCUGCGGAACCACAGACUGCCGCAUGGGCUCAAGGCAAGCGCUGGGAAGAUUUGAUUGAGGCAGCUACCUCGGCCACGGAAGCGGAUGACGAUCACAAUUCGGAUGUUGGUCGGUCGCCUACAAUGCCCCCGUUAAUCUCCAAUAUCACUUCGGCGCCUUCGGUCGGCAAUCACCGGUCAUCGCUACCACCGGCUUUUCAACCCUCACCUGGACUGCCGCCACCGACCUCUCAUCGGCCUUUCCCUCCUCACGCCUAUGCGGCGUCACCGCUACACAAGUCUUUAACGCCGCCGCCGUUUGACACCGCACGCAGUCGUGAUAGUGAUUUGGAACCAUUUCCCUCCAUUGAAUCCUCGCUAGAUUCGGCAUCGACGGCGUCAGGGAAAACCUACGCUUUCUCAAGUCACAUGAGCACCUCCAACAACGAGUCUAGCCCGGUAUUGAACAUGUAUCCUUCUUCUGCAUCUCAGCGCCAGCAUCAUCGGUUCUCAAACCCCACACCGGCGUCAUACCGCAACAGAGAGAUCCAAAUCUAUUGUGCCAGUUGCAAACGCCCGUGGGCUUUGAAUGAAUGCUACGCCUGUACGGAGUGCAUCUGUGGCGUGUGUCGAGAGUGUGUCGGAUUGUUCAUCAGCAGUCCGCCUGCCUCCUUUAGGAAUGUGACGUCGAGUCCGGGCAGCGCAAUGUCUCAUGGACCAACAAGCUAUCCCAGUCCCCGAGGCUGCCCUCGCUGCCGCACUGUGGGUGGAAAAUGGAAAGCUUUCCAGCUCGACUUCAGGUGAAUACACCCCUAUUCUUGAUGUCUCCAGAAUGAAGCGCACUCUGGUGAGCUUCUGAUCGAAUUUUAUGUUUUACGGAUGUUACGAUUAAUGGCUUUGAGGGUGCACGGUUACUCAAAAUUAUGGAGCAAUGACAUGAGCCAGGCACAUGAAUCACCCAGUGGUCGCUGAGUAUAUGAUGUCGCCCUUGACUGUUUAUAUCUCGGAACGAGUUAUUGAAGGGCUGGCCCGACCAUGAUUCUCACAUGCCAUGAUAAGGAAUUCUUAUGAAAAUCCGGGAUUUUGGGUGUUUGGUAGGUAUACAACAACGCUGGGCGGGUAUAUAUACUACAUGGUGGCAUUGGUGUUUUAAUCAUGACAAUUUGGUUUAUGUUUGGAUGAUUUACAUGGGUCGCAUUUACGAAUAUAUUGAACAUUGAUGUAGUUUGAUUUGAAUAGAUGGUGUCUUCAUCUUUUUCCCAU